CUUAUAGAUUAUUUCUUUCUUCUUCCUCGUAUUGUCUCCCAUUGAUCCCCAGCGAAGUUGUUCUCCUCCCCUUUUGGACAGUCAACCUCGUCUCUACCUUCUACAAACAUGCGUGUCGGUAGUGGGUGUGUUUUCGCGUGAAGAUAUCCUUAUUUUCUUUUUUUUUUCGUAUCUUUUCAAAGGACUUCUUUUUCAACUCUUUCCUUGUUCUUUCCUUCCUUUCCAUCGAGUCAUCUUCAAGAAUCACAGUAACAAAAUGCUCUGCCGGCGGGCCUUAUCCGUCUUUCUGCUGGUGGUUGCUCCAGUCACCCAAGCAGCCAACCUAUGUUUUUUCCCUGGUGGUAAACAAGCGUCCGAUGUACCAUGCGAUCAAAAGGCAGAUGUCAGCAUGUGCUGCGGCUCAGUGUCUGCAUGCCUGUCGAACGGACUAUGUAAAGACGAAAAGACGACAAACACAACAGGAGUGGCAUAUGCCAGGGGAACAUGCACAGAUCCGACAUGGCAAUCACCAAUAUGCCCACAACACUGCCAGCUGAACCAGGACACGCCGAAGAAUAGCUCAUCUUUCGAUUUCAGGUUAAACGGUGUUCAAAUGUGGGAAUGCGAUGCUCAAGGCUAUGGCAACCCGGCAAACUAUUGUUGCGAAUCCGCCUCGGAGAAGACGAGAUGCUGCUCGACAAAGACCGCCCUGUUCAAACUCGCCGCUGCCACUCCUGGCAACGCUCUCGCCAUCCAGACCUAUGUCGCGUCCGCAACUGCAUCCCCGACUCUUGUAACAGCCCCGUCGCCCACAUCCAGUGUCGAUUCGACCAGCGCGACCAGCACAGGCGGGUCAUCUGCAUCGACCUCUGGAUCAGGUACCGUCAGCUCGAACGGAACUCUCGACCACAACGGCCUGAUAGCCGUUGGCGUUGGCGCCGGCCUCGGAGGUGCUGCCCUGGCUUCGAUUGUGGUCAUGAUUCUAGUGCGACGGAUGACGCAAAGGGAACAGACGAACCAGGGCUCCGUUGCGAGCGGCCAUAGCGACUACUAUUAUCAGGGUCCUCCGGGGUCGCAUGCGGGGGAUGUAACCAAGUGGCAAACGUUGACGAGGUACGACACGGCCGACGCGGAUCAUAACCCGGGCCAUGCUCGCUAUUGGGAAGCCAAAGACGGCAUGGAUCCUUACAGGACGCCGCGGGCGGGGACGCCAACACAAUCCCCCGUCAUGGGCAGGCCGAGUCCAACGGCGCAGUUUGGAGUUGGGCUCGGGCUCGACAAGAGGCCACUGCCGCCGACUCCAACGAGCGAACCAAACCCGCCCCCAGAGAAGAAACGAAGUAUUUACGAGAUGCCUGGGUGGUGAAAAAAGGAGGGCCCUCGGGGUGUUUCGAUGCACGUCUGCAGGGAAAGACGGGCUCAAUCAGUAGUAUAUACCAAAGUUUUUUUAUUCUCUUUUUUUAUUCGCUUUUUUCAUUCUUUUCAUUCUUUCAUAUGUCAUUUCUCAUUUUGAUUUUUCUAUCCAUUGUCUCUCCCUAGCGUAUGCCUUUUCAAAUCUUACAGGUUUUUUUUUUCUGUGCAUUCGCGGCGCCUCGACCCCCUUUAGCUGCAUCUGGGUUUUUUUCAAUAUGCAUUUGCACCCGGUUCCCUUGAGAGAAUUUGGCAUUGGAAGGCGUUUAAUUUUUUUUAUAUUCUGACUAGAGACUAAUUCAGAUGUUUUUAUUGAUCGCUCGUUAAUCUGGGAAAUAGUCAUAAUAGCGAAUUUGAUAGUACUGGUGCAAUCAGCUUUACUUUGUUGUAUUAUACACUCUUUAAUAAUUC